AUGCAGGGCACAGCUCACACUGACAAGGAGCUCGUGUCCUCCCUGAUGCAAAGAAUCACUCUGUUGGAACAAAAAAUAGAGAAACAAGCACAAGAAAUCAAACUGAAGGACAGGAGGAUUGCUGAGCUUGAAGAGAAGAUGAAGACUCUUCAGAAAGGAGAAGAUGCUCCUGACUCAUCCGCAGUAGAGGAACUGGAAAUGAGGUGCCUUGAGCUGCAGACCCAGGUCUGGGAGAUGGAGAGGUUUCUAAAUGACUAUGGUCUGAUUUGGGUUGGAGAGGGACAUGAUCAGCUGGAAGAUUCUGAAUCACUCAAGGAUGAAGAGCUGACAAGAAGCCUCUGGAAGCCAGGUGAAGCGGUUGUUUCCAAACACCAGAUUGAUUUUGAUCUCAUCUUGGAAAACGUGAAGGAUUUGAAUGUGCUGGCUGGGAAGAACACUUGUUACAUUGAACACACCCCUGGGGGAGCUCGUUUGAGGCAGCCAGAGCCCCUCUCUCUCACACUGUAUCAAAAUGGGAUCAUCACAUUCAGUGGAGCCUUUCGGCCCUACGAGGACCCAUCCACCCAGCAAUGCCUGCAGGAUAUUAUGGAUGGGUAUUUCCCUUCAGAGUUGCAGACUCACUACCCAGAUGGCAUCCCUUUGCAGGUCACUGACAGAAGGGACAUGGUAUUUCAGGAGAGACACCUCCUUCCAGGGAGUUUUCCUGGCCAAGGCCAAGUGGUUGGCCGCUCAAAAUCAAGUGAAGUGCAGGAAACCACUGAGAUCCCAGGUCCCAAACUCCCUUUGGAGAAGUUUCUCAACAAGCUUUCUGAGUCCUCAGAACACAGUGGAGAAGCAAUGAGUGUCCAAGAUUCAGCCAGAGCAGCCCAGCAGAGCUCUGAUGGGGCACGAAGCAGCAAAGAGAUCUUGGUGGAGACACCCAGGCUGGCUGCCCUGGAGAGGACAAAGCCAGCUGAAGAGGCUGAAGCUUCUGCCCCUGCUGCCUGCACGCUCCGCAUCCGAUCGGAGAGCGGGGAGCAGAUCUACACCCUCAGGAUGCUGGUCAAGGAGACCAUAGGGGACCUGCGCCAGCACCUCGCCUGUGCCAGGGGUGGAGACUCUGACUCGUAUGAGAUCAUCAGUACCUUUCCCCAGAGGGUGUACAUGGACAACUCCAGGAGCCUGCAGGAAUGUGGCCUGGUCCCCAGUGCCUCCUUGCUGCUGAGGAGAAGAGACCCCUCCCAGCAAGAGGAGGGAACAGGGCUGCAAACAGCUUAA